CUCGCGUAAGAGGGCCAACACGUGCUGAAGGAGGACUUUCUCUCAAAUUAAAAAAAAUAAAAUUUGAGUCCAUUUUUAUGUUUUUUUAAUCAACUUUGAUUUUGAGGUGCACUUCUGCGUGUCAAUUUCCAGCCGGGGGGAGAGAAAAGAAAAAGAAGAUUAAAAAAAAAAGCGUCGUCUCAUCAACCAUGGGAAGAGGAGAAGGACGAGAACAAUAUGAGCUGGCUGCCACCUCUGAGCAGGGAGGCAAAAAGAAGGCGAAAGGGAAGAAGAAGGAGAAAGACAUGGAUGAAUUAAAGAAGGAAGUGGACAUGGAUGAUCACAAGCUGACCUUGGAUGAGCUCAAUCGGAAAUAUGGAACAGACCUCACCAAUGGUUUGACUAGUGCUAAGGCAGCUGAGAAUCUGGCUCGAGAUGGGCCCAACGCCCUCACUCCUCCCCCGACCACCCCGGAGUGGGUCAAGUUUUGCAAACAGAUGUUUGGAGGUUUCUCCAUGCUCCUGUGGACUGGGGCUAUCCUCUGUUUCUUGGCCUACGGUAUCCAGGCAGCCAUGGAGGAUGAACCCGCCAAUGAUAACUUGUACUUGGGUGUUGUGCUUUCUGCUGUUGUCAUCAUCACUGGUUGCUUCUCCUACUACCAAGAGGCCAAAAGUUCCAAGAUCAUGGACUCUUUUAAAAACCUAGUCCCACAGCAAGCACUGGUUGUCCGUGAUGGUGAAAAGAUGAGCAUCAAUGCCGAGGUGGUAGUGGUUGGAGAUUUAGUGGAGGUUAAAGGUGGAGACAGGAUCCCUGCUGAUCUAAGGAUUAUUUCUGCUCAUGGCUGCAAGGUGGACAACUCCUCCCUGACGGGUGAAUCAGAGCCUCAGACCCGAACUCCAGAUUUCUCCAAUGAGAACCCUCUGGAGACCAGGAACAUCGCCUUCUUUUCCACCAAUUGUGUAGAAGGAACUGCCCGAGGUAUCGUGAUCAGCACCGGUGAUCGAACAGUCAUGGGUCGUAUUGCCACGCUUGCCUCUGGACUUGAAGUUGGGCGCACCCCCAUUUCCAUCGAGAUUGAGCACUUCAUCCAUAUCAUCACUGGUGUUGCUGUCUUCCUGGGCGUGUCUUUCUUUGUCCUCUCUCUCAUCCUUGGGUAUUCCUGGUUGGAGGCUGUCAUCUUUCUCAUUGGCAUCAUUGUAGCCAACGUGCCAGAGGGUCUCCUGGCUACCGUUACUGUAUGCCUGACACUGACUGCCAAGCGUAUGGCCAAGAAGAACUGCUUGGUAAAAAACCUGGAAGCUGUGGAGACCCUGGGGUCCACCUCUACCAUCUGCUCGGACAAGACCGGCACCUUGACCCAGAAUAGGAUGACAGUGGCUCACAUGUGGUUUGACAACCAGAUCCAUGAGGCUGACACCACUGAGAACCAGAGCGGGACCUCAUUCGACCGAAGCUCCGCCACCUGGGCUGCUCUUGCCAGAAUUGCUGGCCUCUGUAACCGUGCUGUUUUCCUGGCAGAGCAGAGUGGUCUUCCAAUCCUGAAGAGAGAUGUGGCUGGUGAUGCAUCCGAGUCCGCCCUCCUCAAAUGUAUUGAGCUGUGCUGUGGAUCAGUCCAAGAAAUUAGGGAGAAAAAUACCAAAAUAUCAGAAAUCCCUUUCAACUCCACCAACAAGUACCAGCUGUCUAUACAUAAAAAUUCCGCGGCUGAAAGCGAGUCCAACCAUCUGCUGGUCAUGAAAGGUGCCCCAGAAAGGAUAUUAGACCGCUGCUCCUCCAUCAUGAUGCACGGUAAAGAACAGCCUUUGGAUGAUGAGAUGAAAGACGCCUUCCAGAACGCCUACCUGGAACUGGGAGGUUUGGGCGAGAGAGUUCUGGGUUUCUGCCAUUUCAACCUGCCGGAUGACCAGUUCCCAGAGGGCUUUGCUUUUGACACUGAGGAGGUGAACUUCCCUACGGAGAACCUGUGCUUCAUCGGCCUCAUGUCCAUGAUCGACCCUCCUCGAGCCGCCGUACCCGAUGCUGUCGGCAAAUGCAGGAGCGCUGGAAUCAAGGUGAUCAUGGUAACCGGUGAUCAUCCAAUCACAGCCAAGGCCAUCGCUAAGGGUGUGGGUAUAAUUUCUGAAGGCAACGAGACCGUUGAGGACAUCGCUGCACGCCUCAACAUCCCAAUUAAUGAGGUCAACCCCAGGGACGCGAAGGCCUGUGUUGUCCACGGUGGGGACCUGAAGGAUCUGAGCCCUGAGCAGCUUGACGACAUCCUCAAGUACCACACUGAGAUUGUCUUUGCCAGAACCUCACCACAGCAGAAACUGAUCAUUGUGGAGGGCUGCCAGCGACAGGGAGCCAUUGUUGCCGUGACUGGUGAUGGCGUCAAUGACUCUCCAGCUCUGAAGAAGGCCGAUAUCGGCGUUGCCAUGGGGAUUGCUGGAUCUGAUGUCUCCAAGCAAGCGGCUGACAUGAUCCUGCUGGAUGACAACUUUGCUUCCAUUGUGACAGGAGUGGAAGAAGGUCGUUUGAUCUUUGACAACUUGAAGAAGUCUAUCGCUUACACUCUGACCAGUAACAUCCCUGAGAUCACCCCAUUCCUCCUUUUCAUCUGUGCCAGCAUCCCCCUGCCUCUGGGAACUGUCACCAUCCUCUGUAUCGACCUGGGAACUGACAUGGUUCCUGCUAUUUCAUUGGCUUACGAAGCAGCCGAGAGCGACAUUAUGAAGAGGCAGCCCAGAAACCCCAAAACAGACAAACUGGUGAACGAGAGGCUCAUCAGCAUCGCUUAUGGACAGAUUGGCAUGAUCCAGGCGCUUGCAGGCUUCUUCACCUACUUUGUGAUCCUGGCUGAGAACGGCUUCCUGCCUAUGACGCUGCUCGGAAUCCGCGUUUCCUGGGACAACAAGUACUGCAACGACCUGGAAGACAGCUAUGGGCAGCAGUGGACCUAUGAGCAGAGGAAGAUCGUUGAGUUCACCUGCCACACGGCCUUCUUCGCCAGCAUUGUGGUGGUACAGUGGGCCGAUCUGAUCAUCUGCAAGACCAGGAGGAACUCUGUCUUCCAGCAGGGCAUGAAGAACAAGAUCUUGAUCUUUGGUCUGUUUGCGGAGACUGCCCUGGCGGCCUUCCUCUCCUAUUGCCCCGGCAUGGACGUCGCCCUCAGAAUGUAUCCUCUCAAGCCCAACUGGUGGUUCUGCGCCUUCCCGUACUCCCUGCUCAUCUUUAUCUAUGAUGAAAUCCGCAAGCUGAUCAUUAGACGCAGCCCAGGAGGUUGGGUGGAACGAGAGACCUACUACUAAAGACACAUCAGCCUGUCAGCUUGCAUCUACUCCCCGUCGUUGCAUGAAUAUUGUCUUGCUGCUCGGAAUAAAAUGUUAACCUCUGUGGGAAUAAACCCCCCUCCCCCCCGUCGGAACGUGUUUUUAUAUUAGCGAAUGCUUGAUACUACUAUUAGAUAAAAACCGAGAUGGAACGUGCUGAUAUAUGAUAAUGCUAAUAAUGACAUGAACACUGAACAUUGACUUUGACUAUGCGUGCCUUGUUUCUGAAACAGGACCAAUUUUAUACAUGUUUUUAACAGUUAUAAACGUUCAAUAAAAUGCGCUUGAGUCAGGUCCCA